CUGAGUGUGUGUCUCUGAGUGUGUGUGUGUGUCAGGGGGGUUGGGACAGACCUCCUGAGGGAACAAGGUGUCGACUCCACACACGCUCGGCGCUCCUCCGUCAGGCAACUUGGGCUGCGUCUCCGCUCCGUUCCUCGAGCGACGGCUGUGAGGUGCAGCAUGGGAUCGGCGGGAGCGCGGGGGGUCCUCGAGCGGCGAACCGCGCAGCCGACCGCGUGAGAAGGCGAACGUUGGGCCUCCGAGGUCCGCCUCUACCUGCAGGAUUGAAGAUCUAUGAGGAGCCGCUCAUCAUGGGGACCACCGGAGCAGGACUCCUGCUCAUUGUUACGACAAUAUUACUGCAUGCGGGAAGGUGCCGAGGAAGCCUUGAGAAGGGGUUUUCCCCGAUGCGCUUCACCCACCAUCUCUACAAUGUCACCAUACAGGAGAACUCUGCCCCAAAGACCUACGUGAAGAGCACCAUCAAAAUGGGAAUUGUGAUCAUGGACAAGCUUUGGGACAUCAAAUACAGACUGGUUGGUGGGGACGACGAUAACAUUUACGAAACAAAGUCCAGAACAGUUGGGGAUUUCUGCUUCCUCAACAUACGGACUCGGAGUAGCAACCCUGCCUCGCUAAACCGAGAGGUGAGGGACAGCUACACGCUCACUGUUGAGGCUACCGAGAGUGUUUAUAAGCACCAGGCGCGGACCAAGGUGUCUGUCAGAGUGCUCGACGCAAAUGACCUGAAGCCCCUCUUCUUUCCGGCCUCGUACUACGUCGACAUCAAGGAAGACAUUCCAGUGAGAGCAAGCGUGACCACAGUCAGUGCCACGGAUGCUGACCUGGGGAGAAACGGCGAGUUCUACUACGUCUUCAAUGAAAGGGAUCACCCAUUUGCAGUUGACCCCUUCACAGGGACCAUCGCCCUCAUCAAGAAGCUUGACUACAGCCAAGCGCAAAAGUAUGACCUCGCUGUUCUAGCUGAGGACAGGACCAAGAAGAUUUCCGGCAUUCGCAAGUUCGGAAACACCGCCAGGGUAGUGGUAAACGUUGAGAAGACCCCGCCGAAAGCUCCUCUCAUCAAGGCAGUCAGCGUGACAGAGCCUUCAAGCGUUGAAGAUGGGAUAGUCGUGAACGUGGCUGUGGAAGACGGAGAGAAACGGGUGGACGCUUUAAGCAUUGUUGCUGGAGAUUCCCAGAAAAACUUUGAAAUUAUUCCCUCCAGUCUGGAAGGUCAUAACUUCCAGAUAGUCUCCACAAAAAGAAUAAACUGGUCUCAGAGCCCCUUCGGUUUCAACCUGUCCCUUCAAGCAAAGGACAGAAGCAAUCCUCCCUUGCUUUCUCAGAAAAGAGAUCUCCACAUCCCUUCCUCUGACCCUGGCCCUCUGAGCUUUGAGAAGGAAGUGUAUCAUGCUACGAUAAGUGAGUUUGCCCCUCCAAAAAGUCACGUGGUUAGGGUCCAGGUCAUCGGUGGCCACUCAAACAUCACGUAUGCCAUCAAAAGUAACCGAGAUAGUCACAAAUUUCACAUUAAUGCUAAGACAGGCCUGAUUGAAACAACUGAGAGCUUGGACUUUGAGAGGAAGUCUCAGUAUGAGUUUAAUGUGGUGGCGAAUCGCGGAGGAACAGAAACACGCGUCGUUAUUCAAGUAAUUGACGAAAACGACAACAACCCGUUGUUCACGCAGUCCUCCUACCAGGGCACUCUUCCUGAGAACGUGCCGGUAGGGACUAGUGUCUUGACUGUGACGGCGACAGACAGGGACACAAACAAAAAUGGAUUUGUGAGCUACGCCAUUGCGAACACGGUCCCCUUACCGUUUACGGUGGAUCCAUUUACCGGCGUCAUUUCAACAUCAGAGGCGCUGGACUACGAGCUCAUGCAGAGAUGGUACCACCUACGAGUAUGGGCCUUCGACAGCGGCCUCCCGUUCAGCCGCGUGAGCGAGUGCGCUGUGGCGCUCGUCAUGAGCAACAUCAACGACAAUGUUCCCGUGUUCGAAAGAGUCGGGUGCAAUGCCACCAUUCCACGGGACCUUGUGGUCGGCAGUAAGGUCGGCGUCAUGUCCGCUGUCGACCUGGACGAGCUGGAGCAGGUCAGGUACAGGAUCGAAAGUGGCAACGAGCACGGCUUGUUCGAAAUCAACCCCGUGUCUGGUUCCAUCACGCUAGCCAAAAAAAUCCACCCAUCCCUGUUUGCAAGUGGGAUGCCAUCCUUUGUCCUCACCAUAACGGCCACUGACGGGAAGCACAGGUCAUCUCCCGCAACCGUGAAGAUCAGCGUGGCCAACCCCGGCCAGGAGGCCAGCAUGCACUGUGAGGAAACUGGCAUUUUCAAAGAGCUCACAGAACGUCUGAUUAAAUCCAUCAAGCCUGACGCUAAUGUCCAAGAGGAGGACUACUUCUCUGACGUCCACAUCAUCAACCGACAUUCGCCAAAGUUCAACACCAGCCUCCCGAGCUCCAUUGAUCUUAGAGAGGAUUUUCCACUCAAUUCCUCGAUACUUCACUUUCAGGCCACCGACGACGACACUGGCUUUAACAGCAAGCUUGUGUAUGCCAUCUCAAGUGGCAAUGAGGAUGGCUGUUUCGCCAUUGACAUGGAAUCUGGAGAUCUCAAGCUUGCUUGUCCAUUAGACAGAGAAGUUAAAGCCUUCUACGUUUUGAACAUAACCGUCUAUGAUCUGGGCACUCCACAGAAGUCUGUUUGGAAGUUCUUAGCGGUGAACAUUUUAGAUGUCAAUGACAACCCUCCCAGGUUUGAUCAGUCCAGGUAUGUUGUAAGCAUACCUGAGAACGCAGAAAUAGAAAAGAGCAUCUUUCAGGCUCAUGCGGUUGACGAUGACUUGGAUGAAAAUGGUAGUGUUAAAUAUGCUCUACUGUCACCCACUGAAAAUUUCAAAAUCGACCAAUUAACUGGUGAAGUUAAAGUGACUGGGCAUUUGGACAGGGAAGCAUGUUCAAGAUAUGACUUAAGGAUUGAAGCAAGAGAUGAGGCCAAAGUGAACCCUCAGCUGUUCUCAGUUACAGAUUUGGUGGUGGUUCUACAGGACAUUAAUGAUAAUCCACCUAGAUUUAUGCCAAAGGUCUACAAAGUUCAAGUACCUGAAGAUGUUCCCAUAGGAACAGUUUUGCUGUGGACUGAAACAUAUGACUUUGAUCUUGGGCCAGGAGGAGAAAUCAGCUACAACCUUAAAAACAAUGAGAAAGGAACUUUUUCCCUGGAGACGCUCACAGGUGCUCUGACACUUGAGAAAGAGCUGGACUUUGAGACGAAACAGGUCUACAACCUCACCGUUCGAGCAGUGGACCACGGGCAGCCGCGGUCCCUGUCCUCCUCUUGCUUCGUGGAAGUGGAGGUACUGGACGUCAAUGAAAACCUCAACGCCCCUAUGUUCUCGGACUUUGUCUUCAACGGAACAGUGAUGGAGAACGCCAUGGUUGGCACUUCAGUUCUGACCCUGUCGGCGACCGAUCUGGACCCCGGCAGAGACGGCACGGUGCGCUUCCACAUCCAUGACGGGACGGGUCUAGGCAUGUUCACCAUUGACGAGGAGACAGGAGUUAUUCGGACUGCGGACACGUUGGACAGAGAAACCACUGGUCAUUACUGGCUGACAGUCUCUGCCAUGGACCUGGGUACUGUACCCCUGGUGUCCUGGACAGAGGUGUACUUGGAGGUUUGGGAUGUCAACGACAACCCGCCCGAACUCUCGCAGCCCGUCUACUUCGGCUCAGUCCUGGAGAACUCGCCCAGGGACCAGUUUGUGCUCCAGGUGGCCGCCACGGACGCAGACAGCUCCUCCGAGGACCAGCUCAGCUUCCGGAUCCUGGACACGCAGCGCACCUUCUUUGCCAUCGACUCCAAGACAGGUGCCAUUCGGACCCUGGCCCCCCUGGAUCGGGAACAAAAAUCUGAGCACAUCGUUGAGGUGACCGUGUCUGACAACGGCUCGCCCCCCCUCCAGUCCACCGCCUCCGUGGUGAUCCAGGUGCUGGACGUGAACGACAACAGCCCCCAGUUCGGCCACAAGCUCUUCCAGGUGAAGCUGCCGGAGCAGCGGGGCGCGGCCGAGCCGCGGGAGGUGUACCGGAUGGUCGCCCGCGACGACGACGAGGGCCCCAACGCUGAUGUCACCUACAGCCUGGAGAAUGACGCGGAGCACUUCGUGGUCCACCCCAGCACCGGCGUGGUGUCCUGCAAGGGGGACUUUGGCCCAGGAAACUACAGCAUCCUCACGAUCAAGGCCACAGACCACGGCAGCCCGGUGAGGUCAUCGACCGCACGCCUCGACAUCGAAUGGCUUCCACAGCCGACGCCCACUUCUGACGCGCUGCUGUUCGAUGAGCCCCACUUCACCUUCGCCGUCAUGGAGACAGACCCGGUCACUCACAUGGUGGGGAUCAUCAGCACGGAAAUCACCCCAAACCUGCUCUGGUUCGACAUCAUAGGUGGUGAUGGAGCGCUGGACUUUGACAUCGAGAGGAACACUGGGAGCAUGGCGAUUGCCCGGCCGCUGGACGCAGGGAAGAUGUCCAAUUACAAUCUGACAGUGAGGGUGACGGACGGGAUCCAGGCCAUAUCCACGCAGGCUUACAUACGCGUGCUGGACAUGAACGAGCACCGUCCCGAGUUCCUGGACAGCCAGUACGAGGUGCAGGUUCCUGAGGACACCUCCCCUUGGAAAGAGAUCCUCCAUAUCAGAGCUCACGAUGAGGACAGCAACAGCAGGCUGAUCUACACCAUCCACAGCAGCACCCACCCAGACAGUCUCAAGCACUUCCACUUGGACCCCAAGAGCGGCAUUCUGGUCAUGACAGAGGAGCUGGACUUUGAAAGCCUGCCUGUGCACACCCUCAUUAUCAUGGUUAGGGAUCAAGAGAUCCCAGUGAAGAGGAAUUUCGUGAAGGCCAUAGUGCGGGUGGAGGACUGCAACGACCAUGCUCCAGUCUUCAUGAGCUCCCACUACGAGGCCACAGUCCUGAGCCGGGCUGCCCCCGGGACGGAGGUGUUGAGGGUCAAGGCCCUGGAUAAGGACACAGGCAGCAACGCUGAGAUCAUCUACGAUUUCCACUCAGGGAACACAGAUGGUGCUUUCAGGAUUGAUCCUCACACGGGCAGUAUAACAGUGGCAGAGUCAUUAGAUAACCCAUCCCUGGAACACUACCACCUCAACGUGAAGGCCACAGACCAAGGCUUCCCCCAGCGCAGCGAUCUAUGUCCUGUCAACGUCCACGUGAAGCUCUCUGAGAAUACGUCGCCAAAGUUCUUCUCAUCCGAGUACUUCGCAGAAGUUCGUGAAUUAAGCCCAUCUGGCACCCCUCUCCUCACCAUCUCAGCUUCCAGCCCUUCCGCAAUGCAGUACACAAUCCAAGACGGGGAUCCCAACGGCACCUUCCACAUUAAUUCCUACUCUGGAGUGCUGUCGGUAAAAGGAGCUCUCAAUUUUGAAGCACACACUUCCUAUAAGCUUCAGAUAAGGGCCUCCACUUUGGUCGGAGCUUCCUCGGAUGCUAUGGUUUACAUCUAUGUGGUUGAUGAGAAUGAUAACCCACCAGUCUUUCUCAAAGAUGAGUUUGUGGGGCAGAUCAGUGAGUCGGCUCCUGUAAACAGCAUGGUAAUGAGGGAGGACAACACACCCCUGGUGGUCCAUGCUUCUGAUGCAGACACAGGUUCCAACUCCCUGCUUGUUUACCAGAUCAUUGAACCCGAAAUGGAAAAGGUCUUCCAGGUUGACCCGAACAUGGGUACUAUAUCUAUCAUAUCCCCUGUGGACUUUGAAUUAACGCCAGAGCUCCAUUUCCAUGUGCAGGUACGGGACUCUGGUGUGCCCUCACUUUAUGCUGCUAAACCAGCCAAAGUGACUGUGCAUAUCCUAGAUUUCAACGACUGCCCCCCUAGAUUCACAAUGUCUGUAUAUGAAUCCUCAAUCCUUUUCCCUGCUGUCCGAGGAAUGGAGGUCAUCCAAGUCUCAGCCAAUGAUCCAGACUCAGACAUAUCGUACUCAAUUUAUGAGGGGAAUACACUUAAGACUUUCACAAUUGAUUCCUUCACCGGGGUAAUCUCCAUAAACAAUACCUCUAGCCUUAAACUCAGUCAUCAGCUCUUGAUCAAAGCCUCUGAUGGACUCUACAAAGACACCACCCUGGUUAAGGUAAAUGUCACAAACAUUACAGAGACGAGCCUCAGGUUUGAGCAAAAGUUCUAUGCAGCCACCGUAAUGGAGAACACAACUGUUGUACAAAUCUUACAGGUGGUGAGGGCUUCUGGGAGCUACCUCAAUGAACCUUUAAUUUAUUCAGUUCUGAAUCCGGAUGGCAUGUUUUCUAUGGUCCAGACUUCAGGGGUUUUGGAGACAACAGGUAUACCCUUUGACAGGGAGGAACAGGACGAAUAUGAUGUGAUGGUGGAAGUGCGGGACAUGAGGACACCUCCCAGGGUUGCUACCACCCAUGUGAAGGUCUAUGUUGAAGACGCAAACGACAACGUACCAGAAUUCUUGAACGCACCGUACUUUGUAACAAUCUCCGAUGAUGCUGAACAAGGGGAUGUGCUCUUUCAGGUGACAGCUGUGGACAAGGAUCUUGGGGAGAAUGGAUCUGUGAUUUACCUGCUGGAGGACGACUACAGCCUUUUUAGAAUAGAUCCGUACCUUGGCGAUAUCUCCCUUCAGCGGUCCCUCGACUUUGAAUCCAUGAAUAAGUAUGACCUCAACAUAUUUGCCAGAGAUGAAGGGGAACCAAGUCUAAUGUCAGUAGCAGAGAUUCAUAUACAAGUGAGAAAUCGAUCAAAUCCAAUAUUCCAGAGCCCACUUUAUCGUUUAAAAAUUCCAGAGAACAUUGUGCCUUUCACCACCAUUUUGCACGUGCAAGCCAGGAAUCCUGAGGGGUACCGUCUGAUCUACAACCUUGUUGAAGAAAAUGCCUCAAAAAACUUUCACAUAGACUUCAAAACAGGUGUAUUGACUGUUGCUGAACUUCUGGACUACGAGAUUCAGUCCAGCUACACUUUGACCGUCAGAGCUACAGAUUCGGUCAUGGGCAGUUUCUCUGAGGCUACUGUGGAGAUAGAGGUGGAAGAUAUCAAUGAUAAUGUGCCCACGUUUUCAAAGAUGGCUUACCUGGCAGGUAUACCCGAGGGAAUGCCUGUCAGCACAUCAGUCUUACAGAUAUCUGCUACAGAUAAAGACUCUGGGAGAAACAAAGAGUUGUUUUAUCAAAUAAUGGAGACUGGGAAAAACAAGACAGACUUCUUUGAAAUCAAUCCAGUGAGUGGUGUCAUAAUGACAACGCAAGUCCUUGAUCAUGAAGCUAUUCCCCAGCACCAUCUGAAAGUCAGAGCAACAGAUAAUGGUGUGCCUCCCAUGAGCAGCGAAGCUUUGGUCAUUGUCAAUGUCACCGAUGUGAACGAUAACCCCCCAAGCUUCAGUGAGCCCCAGUACCAGGCCACUCUUAGCGAGAUGGCCACUUGUGGUCACAUCGUAAUCAAGAUCCAAGCUUCAGAUGUGGACAGUACUGACAAUAACAACCUGGAGUACAAAAUCGUCUCAGGCAACGAAGACAGGCAUUUCGCCAUCAACAAGUCUUCAGGUUUAAUUUCAUUUUCCAAUGUCUGCAGCAGAAGUUUAGACCCUUUUUACAACCUCACAGUGGCAGUUUCUGAUGGAGUUUUCCAGAAAACAGCUCCUGUCAACAUUGACAUGGUGAACAGCAACAAGCAUAGCCCUUACUUCAACAAAAGCAUGUAUGAAGCAGAGUUAGCAGAGAAUGCUGAGGCUGGAACUCGUGUGAUCAGACUAGCAGCUAUUGAUCCAGACGAUGGGCCGUACGGUACCGUGGACUACACAAUCAUCAACAAGCUGGCAGAUGAAAAAUUUUCCAUAGACAACAAGGGACAGAUUGUUACAACUCAGCCACUGGACAGAGAAAACCAAACUCAGAGAGUGAUUGCCAUCAAGGUGAUGGCAAAGGAUGGCGGGGGGAAGGUGGCGUUUUGCACUGUCAAGAUAAUCCUGACAGAUGUGAAUGACAACCCCCCUGAGUUCCAUUCAACAGAGUACCAAGUUUCCAUCCAGUCCAGUGUAAACAAGGGUGCCCCCGUCAUCCAGAUAAUGGCGUAUGAUGCGGACGAUGGCAUGAACGCAGACGUCACCUACACAGUGGAUGAAGCUGAAAAAGUCACAGAGGAGGUGAUUGAGAUUAAUCCCUUCACAGGUGUGGUCAGCGUUAAAGAGAGCCUGGUUGGUCUGGAAAACAAAAUAUUCAACUUCAAGGUCAAAGCACGUGAUGGGGGUCUUCCUUUCUAUAACACCACAGUGCCUGUGCAAGUCCAAGUUGUCCCACCUGAGGUUCCUCUGCCGAGAUUCACAGAGCCUUUAUAUACCUUCUCUGCAUCCGAGGACCUCCCUUUGGGCUCGGAGGUGGGGACAGUCAAGGCCGAUGCCGACAUGCCCAUCAUAUACAGCUUAGUGGACGGCAACACGAUUGAGAGCAACAAGGAGAAGGUGUUCACGGUUGACAAAGACAGUGGAACGCUGCUCAUCCAGAAGAAGAUUGACCACGAGAAGACCAAAUGGUACCAGAUCGACGUCAUGGCCCAGUGCAAUCACAAUGGUACCGAUGUGGCCUCGCUGGUAUCUGUCAGCAUCCAAGUCCAGGAUGUAAAUGACAACCAGCCAGUUUUUGAAGCCAACCCUUAUAAGGCCUUCCUGCCAGAGAACAUGCCUCCUGGGACCACCGUGAUCCAGGUGACGGCCAACGACCCAGACACAGACAACAAUGGAGAGGUGACCUACAGGUUAGAGCCAGAGCCAGACGACAUCAGCGAGUUGUUCACUAUUGACAGUGACAGUGGCUGGAUCACAACUUUGAAGGAGAUGGACUGCGAGGCUGUGAGCCUCUACCGCUUUCACGUGGUGGCCACCGACCAAGGUGGGACCAAAAAGCUUUCCUCUUCCACCCUGGUUGAGAUCAGGGUGACGGAUGAGAACGACAAUCCGCCCCACUUCACCGAGGAUGUGUACCAGGGCUUUGUUCUAGAGAACAGCAGAGCCGGAGAGGUCAUCGUCACAGUCAGCACCACCGACGCCGACCUUUCCUGGGAGAACAGACAGGUCACAUGCUACAUAACAGAUGGAGACCCUCAGGGCCUCUUUGCCAUGGAGAAGGUGGGAGACGAGUGGCAGGUUCUUACGAAUGGCGCCCUCGACAGAGAAGCAAAAGACAAGCAUAGCCUUAAAAUAACGGCCACGGACGGGAGGUUCCAGGCGUCCGCCGCAGUCGACGUGCACGUCCUCGACGUCAACGACAACAACCCGUCGUGUGAACAGCUGCUCUACACGGAGGUCGUCAUGGAGAACUCUCCGUCAGGCUUGUUCAUCCUCAAGGUGUCAGCAACAGACCCCGACGUGGGCACCAAUGGGCAGGUUACAUUUACCCUCCAUGGUCCCAACGCAGACAAGUUCCACCUGGACCCUCACACCGGGGAGCUCUUCACCUUGGCCAUGUUGGACCGGGAGCGGGACGUCGAGUUUGACCUGGUUGCCAAGGCCACUGACGGUGGGGGUCGGUCCUGCCAGGCUGACAUCCUGCUGAUGGUGCAGGACAUGAACGACAAUGCGCCACGCUUCUCCAGCAGCCACUACGCCGUGACCGUUUUCGACAACACCACCGUGAGGACCCCCAUUGCGGUCAUCUAUGCCAAGGAUCCGGAUGCUGGCAUAAAUGGAGAGGUGGUCUACUCCCUCCUGGGAUCUGACAGCAGUUACUUCUCCCUGGAUGAGUACUCUGGUAUCCUGCGGCUCGAGAAGUCACUGGCUGACGAACCCCAGACCACCUUCGAGCUGAAGGUUCAGGCCACGGAUCGGGGCCUUCCCAGGCGCAUGCACUCGGUCGCCACGGUCGCCGUGACCGUGGUGGAUCUCAGCGACUACCAGCCGGUCUUUCUCAGCAGCGAGUACUCCGCCCAGAUCCCAGAAUCCACUGCUAUAGGCACUGAGGUGCUGAGCGUGUCGGCAUUCUCCAAGGACAACAACAUGCCCAUCCUGUACGACGUCAUCGCGGGCAACGAACAUGGAAUGUUCCAGAUCGACCCAGAAACAGGUGUCCUGACGGUCAACGGCUCCCUCGACUUCGAGCAGUGUCGCGAGUACUACCUGUCGGUGGAAGGCACGAGGAGCCGGUCGUCCCUCAGCGACGUCGCCAUGGUGAUCAUCAACAUCACGGAUGUGAACGAUAACUCGCCCACCUUUGGCCGGGGCGACUAUAGCGCAGAAGUGUCUGAGGACGUCUCCCUCGGGAACCUGGUAAUACAGGUCACGGCUGUCGACAGCGAUGGACCAUUAAAUAACCUCGUCCACUACACCAUUGUGAGCGGAGACCCCAGGCGCCAGUUCAACAUCGAUGCCCACAGCGGAGAGAUCCGAACGAGUAGCAGGCUGGACCGAGAGGAGGUAACCCACUACUCCUUAACCAUCCAAGCUGCAGACCGAGGAGACCCCCCGCUGUCCACCGCUGUGCAGGUGACCAUAACCGUGCUGGACGUCAACGACAAUGCACCUACCUUCUCCCAGACCAGCCACAGUCUUGUCCUGCAGGAGGGAGAGCCAAUCGGCAGCGGAGUUCUGCAGCUGAGCGUGAUGGACCGCGACACACCCGCUAACGGGCCGCCCUUCUCCUACCACAUCGUAUCUGGGAACGAGGACCGGCGCUUCCACAUUGACCAGGGUGGCCUGUUGUCCACAGCGGGCCAGCUGAGGAAGAGGAGCAAAGCGCAGUACCUGCUGAAGAUACAGGUGACCGACGACGGCCACCCGCCUCUGUCCUCCAUCUGCGUGGUCAAGAUCAAUAUCACUGAGCAGAGUAGAUUCCCCCCCUCCGCUGUGCCACUGGAGGUCUUCAUUACCGUGGCUGGGAGGCCCUUCUCUCGCAGGGUGAUCGGCAGGCUCCACGCCUCCGACCAGGACCUCCACGACGUGCUGUCCUAUGAGCUGGUGUCCGAGGCUCCGGCCAGCGGCCGCUUCUCCGUGGACGGCGGCGAUGGAAAGGUGGUGGCUGAAGGUCCUCUGGAGCCGGGUCUGUACAUCUUGAAUGUGAGCGUCUCGGACGGACGGCUCAGCACCUGGGCAGCGGUACGAGUCCACGUGUGGGGGGCUUCGCAACGGGCGCUGGACCAGGGUGUGACCCUGCAUCUGACAGAGGUCUCACCCGAGGAGUUUGUGGCCGACCACUGGCGAGCCCUACAACGGGGCUUGAGCGCCAGCCUCGGGGUUCCCCGGCAGGAGCUGCACGUAGCCAGUCUGCAGCCCUCGGCUGGCUCCCGGGGCCUGGAAGUGCUGCUGGUGCGGAGCCAGCAAGACGACAACCUCGAGCCCCAGCCUGCAGCACUGCUGGACAGAGUCGCCUACGAUGUGGGUGAUGCCAUGGGCCUCACUGUGGCGGAGGUGAGACGUGGGGCUUGCGUGACGUCGGACUGCCGCCAGGCGAGCUGCCGAAACACGGUGCGUCUGGUGGGCGAGACGGAGAGCCAGUAUGCCACGGCACGGACUAGCUUCAUCACGCCACAGCACAGCUGGGAGAGCGUCUGCUCUUGCAACGAUUCAGCCAUGCGGUUUGAAGGGAGAGGAUACCUAAAGUAUCUGUACCAAGAGCGGGAGAACCGUGACUUUCGACUGGCUUUGCGCAUGAAGACGUCGCAGACAAAUGGAGUGGUCGUCUCGGCUGACUCCACCGAUUGGGCGACGCUUGAGCUGGUCAACGGAGGCCUGCGGUUCCGCUACACCUGUGGGAAGGGAGCGCCGCAGAUCCUGCGAGCCCCAGGAGACCCCGUGUCAGACGGGCGCUGGCACCACGUCCUCCUGGAGGUGAACAGCACCGGACCGAGGCUCACGCUGGACCACGUGCACACGGCCUCGGCCACCAGCGCGGAGCCGUGCCUCCUGGGAGAGCGUCGUGACCAGCGAGGGUCCCUGCUCUUUGCCGCCCCGCGGGAGGCCCAGGCGCAGGGCUUUCUGGGAUGUCUCGACGAACUGGAGUUCAACAAGGAAGCGCUACGGGGCUCUGCGGCACCGGAGGUCUCCUCGUUUGGGGAGAGGAGGGUGUUUGGGAGGUACCAGUGCUGCCCGCGGACCGAGGGCUGCGCUAGCGGACCCUGUCUGAAUGGAGGCUCCUGCCAGGAGAACCCAGUCGGAGAAGUGCAGUGCGUGUGUCCGUCGGAGUUCUCUGGACCGCGCUGCGAGGUGAGCGACUGCUCCCAACAGGACGACGCGAGCAGGUGCCUCGACGAUCCGGACGAGUGCUCCACGGGCCACGUGCAGUGCAAGGGGGUGCAUGUUACGCGCACCGCUCUCGGCAUAGUGGAGAUCGCGGGGAUCUGCGGCGGCCUGCUCUGCCUGCUCAUGCUGGUGGGGGGGUUUGUGUGGGCGCGCAAGAGCUACGUCCAGCACAGGAAGGACAAGGCGGCGGCGACGGCGGUGGCGGCGCGAGACUCCGGGGGAUUCCUACGGGCUGCCGUGGGCAAAGGCGAUGGGGCCGAGUGCCAGCCCCUCGAGAUGAGGGAGGUGGGCGGCUCCGGGAACGACCUGGACCACGACCUCUUCAGGACCCUCAAGUCCCAGAACACGCCGGAGCUGGGCUCCCUGGGCGCGGCCCGCGGCCAGAGGCCGAGCGGCCCCGUGGUGUGCAGCGUAGCCCCCAACCUGCCCCCACCGCCCCCCUCCAGCUCCGACAACGAGUCCAUCGUCAAGAACAACUGGGAGCUGGACUAUGACGUAUACCCGGCGGACCCUGACUACUUCGGCCGGCCCACUGUCCAGGAGUUCCCCCAGUUCGACAUCGUCGAGGACACGUUCCCGGCGGUGACGGCUGCCGACUCGCGUAGGAACUCCCGCUUCGGCGGCUUCCCCUUCCCCCUGGAGCGCUGCGAUCGCCGGGCCCCGCUGCCGCCCUGCUACAGCAACCAGAACCUGGACGACUUCCUGGGGCCGGACGGACGGCCCCUGCCGGCCCCCCAGUGCCCCAACGAGUACACGGCCAUCAGCUACUACCCGACGCAGCACGCGCGCAGCCUGGACAACGUGUCGGGCGGAUACCGGCGCCUGAGCGUGCGCCUGAGCGUAGCGCAACCUUCCUACGCCGAGUGCAGCACCCCCCCGCUGCCGCCGGCCCCGCCCAGCCACGCCCCCCGCGGCCGCACCGGGUCCGACAUGGUGGAGAGCGACUACGGCAGCUGCGAAGAGGUCAUGUUCUAGGCCUUGCGCGUUUGGCGGCCGAAGGUGCUUUCCCACAAUGCACUGCGCUAAGUCGUCUCUCAAAUCGAUAGGCUCCACUGGGGGCCAGAGCACAGUGGAUUUUCUGCGAACGCGGAAGAGUAUGAGAGCAGAGCCGUCCACCGGGGGCGGGACUAAACUCAUCGCUACUCCUUUCACGGUCUGCCGACUCACCACGUUACCCGGACAGUAGGAACCGAUCCGUCACGAUGGGCAGACGGCGGACAGACGGACAGACAGACGACCCGUCCGCACGACCUCAGCCUGACAUUCGGGUCCUUGUAGCCGGUCCGAUUUAGGUCUCUGUCCGCACGGCUGCGUCAGUAUUCGUUCGGGCUCAAUGGCAGCGAACAAAGUCCAUGCCGCACAUUUCCAGACUUUAUAUACUGUAUGUCCAUGUAAUUAUUGUUAAAAAGACAUCGUCCACCCCAGCGGUAACGCAACGUCUGGUAAACACGGUCAGCUUCGUACGAUCCCUUCGUUCCCGGCACCUGCCUGUACCCAUAACCCCCAUCGGUAGGUUUCAAGUGGUUUUAGCGUUUGUCCCGUGGGGGGUCUGAGCCCACGAGCACACGAAUGAGCGGUGCUCUUCAGAAGAAUCUUUCUCCCAAAUGGAAACCGUUUGGCUGCAGUUCCACCUCUGACUCUUUUAUCAAGAGACCGACGAAAAAAUGCCCGUUUACUUCUGCUGUUCCACAACACACUGCUUUCUUGUGUCUUUUUGCUUUUUAAGGAAAUAUAUGAAAUGUAAAUAUAGAAUCUGUGAAUUCAUUUCUGAGUUUAGAUAGAUAUGAUUAUUUUUUAUAAUAAACGUCUACACAAAUAUAUAUGUACACGUAUGUAUAUACAGUACAGUAUGCUAUACAUAGAGUACAUGUGCUGGUUUGGAGCAGAGGGCUGGCACCUCACAGUCACCAGAAGAGGAGAAAAGACGUCACAUCGUGUGUGUUUGUGUUCCAGGCCUUUCUCCCUGUGCGUUAAACACGUAUGUACAAGCAGAGCGACAUAAUGUGAAAAUGAAAGUAUUCCAUUGUAUGUCUAUAUUACAUCUAUAUCUCAGAGAUGGAGGACAAAGAGUUGCUCAGCAAGGGGAACCGUUCUCUUUUGUGUCCAGCGAAUAUGAAUAUAACCAUGAGAUGUUUGUCACUUUGGAGAAAAGUGUCUGCUAAAUGAACAGAUGUACAUGUAAAAUGGUGCGAACAGUUUGCCCAGCGGUCAGGGUUUCCGUGGGGUCCGGCGUGGAACUGGAGCUGGUGCUGAUGCUGGACUGGCGCCACCGUGGUGCUGGAGCUGAUCCCGGACUUGACCUAACUGUGGACUGGCGCUAACCAUACAGCCACGAGCUCUCGGGGUCCAUUGUGACAACACACACGUAAAGGGACAAUCAUUUGGCGCCGCGUUCGCUUCCUGCCAUAAACGACACUUUCCGAGAACUUUUUGAGAGCAACGGUCCAAGAAACGGCCGGCGGAAUACCCUCCUUUGUUGUUUACGCCCAGAGCAGCAAGCGAUUUACAGCCCCAGCACCGAUCGUCCCGUUCCCUGCCCAGGGAAUUACCGUAGUAAAUGGUUUGCGAUGACGACGUGUUUGUACGGUACGACUAUGUGCUUCUGCUUGUUGGAACGACCAGCGAGAUGAGACCGAGCGCACGGCCCACUGGCGAAGACCGCUGACUGACCUUCGUGUGUCUCAGUCUCAAUGUGGGCUCCUCCCACGUUUCAAGGAGCUGUUUCUCCAUGAGAGAAUUAUGUGCUUGUCCUGAUGUUCUUCUAUUGAUAUGCAUUAUUGUCAAAAUAUAAAACAAAAUUAAAAAAAAUAUUGUUUUAUAUUAUGUCAACAAAUUAGAUGCUCGGAUUGUGUCUUACAGGUGUUUUUUUCAGCACUCUUAAACGCUCCGGUAAACUUCAUAUGGAAAUUUGGAAACUUGGGCACAAACCAGAGCCCCUGGAGGAAACGCACAUAAAUUCGGGGAGAACGUCAAAACUCCACAAAGAAUGAGGUGGAUUCCAACCCUCGUCUGAACCCACAGCCGUGGAGCAACCCGCUGUGCCACUGUGCCUUUUUUUGAGCACACUGUCGUAACAAGACGGGACUAUUAUAGCAGCACAGUGAUAAUCUGAGCUGUAUGCAUGCAGUGCAAUAAGAAACAACCUUCGUAGUGUUUCCUGAAAAGAAAAAAACUAUUAUUAAUUGCCAUUAGGUACAGUCCACAAUAAAAGUCU